UUGUUUUGUUUUAUUUGGUGUGUGUGUGUGUGUGUGUCGUCAACUUGGCCACUUGGCUUGUGAUUUGAAUUGAAAGCGCGCAGUUCGCAUGCGAAUGUCCUGACCGACGGUUGUGUGGCCGGCACAGCAUCCGAGCGAAAGAAAAAAAAUCACUCAAUUUCAAAAAAGGUAUUGAACACAAAUCGUUUCGAAAAAUGUGUUUUCCAAAAAAUUGUGUCUAUUAGCAAAAUACAAAAAAAAUACUCGUAAAUAAUAAUUGAAAUAUAUAUUUUUUUGGUUUUUUGUUCUGUGCGAUAAACAAAGAGAAAAAUAAAAUUCCAAACAAAACACAAGUGUAAAAUGCCAUAAAGAUAAAAGAUUUAAUACUUAUAAAUAAAUGAAUUAAAUUUGAGAAAGUGAAACAAAAAAUAUCUAAAACAUAAGUGCGAAAAAAAAAUUCAUUCAGAGUCUCAACUGUCUCCAUCACAUCUGGCAGAAAUAACAUCUGAUUUUUGAUCUUUUGGUGUAAAAAAGAAAAAUACGAAAAACAGGCUGCCAUACACGACUUUUACGCUGCGUUCUCGCGUGCAGUGUUUGAAGUGUUGAAACUAAUCUAUCGGUUAAAAGUGCUACAAAAAAAAGUUCCAGCAUAAAUUGAACUACAAAUAUAUCUGUCAUACAAACUUUGUUUGUUGUAUUUUCCAAACUUUAAAGGUUCAAGCAUCACACACUUCUGCUUCUGAUACUCCAAUAAUAAUAAUGCUGCUCACCUAACCGAUGGUGGGGCGUGGCUGUGGGCGUGUGCUGAAAAUGUAAAAUCAAUUCGGCAGCUGCACACACACAGACACAGACACACACUCACCCACACACACACACACAAACAAACACACUCUCACACACGCGCGCGCAUAAUAAAUACCGAUCAAGAACAAAAGCAGCCGACAAAAGAGAUAAUUGUUGAGCACUUGGCGAGUGGCGAGUGCUAUUAAAAACUGGGCGUGGCAAUGGGCACACAGCACUACGAACACGAACGCCCACCACGCCUGACCAUGGCCCUGAUGCUGCUAACAGUGCUAAUUAGCUGCUGCUGGCCAACAACUGGGAAUGUGGCAUUGGCAUUGGCAUCCGCAUCCGCAUCGUCAUCGGCAUCGGCAUCGGCCGUCGAAUGUGCCGAUUGGCAAAAUCCAACUGAUUGCAAUAGCAACAACAGAAUUUUGAACAAUAGCAACUAUAAUGCUAACAGCGGAGGUUCUGCUUCAUCCUCAUCGACAUUGGAGCAGCUAAAUGGUUCAAUGUUGCCAGACGAUCUCCUCGAACCGGAUCUGGAACGAGAUGGAGACAAUUGGCCGCUGGAGCGCGUUGUGUCCACCAUUGUGCCCGUCUUUUUUGGCAUUAUUGGAUUUGCCGGACUCCUGGGCAAUGUCCUCGUCAUACUGGUGGUGGUCGUUAACAAACAAAUGCGCUCGACCACAAAUCUAUUGAUUAUAAAUCUGGCCGUCUCGGACAUAUUGUUCGUCAUCUUCUGCGUCCCAUUCACGGCCACCGACUAUGUGCUGCCCGAGUGGCCAUUUGGCAAUUUGUGGUGCAAAUUUGUGCAGUACAUGAUUGUGGUUACAUGCCAUUGCAGUGUCUACACCCUCGUACUGAUGUCCUUCGAUCGUUUCCUGGCCGUUGUGCAUCCCGUAACAAGCAUGUCCCUUCGCACCGAGCGCAAUGCCACGCUGGCCAUCAUGUUCGCGUGGAUAACAAUUGUGACAACGGCGAUACCUGUGGCACUGUCGCAUUCGGUGCGAAUCUAUCAGUAUCAUGGACGCGCUGGCACCGCCUGUGUUUUCUCAUCCGAGGAGGAGAUCUGGAGUCUGGUUGGCUUUCAGGUAUCAUUCUUCUUGUCAUCGUACGUCGCGCCGUUGACGCUGAUUUGCUUUCUAUACAUGGGCAUGUUGGUGCGAUUGUGGAAGAGUGCGCCCGGAUGUAAACCAUCGGCUGAAUCGCGCAAGGGAAAGCGACGUGUUACACGAAUGGUGGUUGUUGUUGUGCUGGCUUUUGCCAUCUGCUGGCUGCCGAUACAUGUCAUACUAGUGCUGAAGGCUCUCAACAUGUACGGCGGCACACAUCUAACGGUCAUCAUACAAAUCAUCUCGCAUGUUGUGGCCUACACAAACUCCUGCAUCAAUCCGAUACUCUACGCCUUUCUCUCGGACAACUUUCGCAAGGCGUUCCGUAAGGUGGUUUGGUGUGGCAGUCCGCCUCCGAUAAUGAACAACCAGCAGAUAACGAAAACAACUCGCACCACUGGCAACGGCACAUCCAAUCCAGAAAUGCUCUAAGCUGUGCUGGCUUAUUCUGGAAUAUUAAUUGGAUGUUUGGGUGCGACCACAAUACAAACAACAACAACAACAAAAGGUCAUUUAGAGAGACAGUUUUUAACAACAACAAC